AUGAAGGCCAUCAACGAGGCUUGCCGCUCUAAAGGCGGCCACUAUGCAACGUACAGUUGCAAGGUGGUCUCCUGGGAUGAUGUCAGUCGCGGGACCGUUGGCGGCUCCUUGUCUUGCUGGGGGGCGAACAUCACGGACACCUACCUCAAGAGCAAGACUGGGCAGCGCCUCUUUACGGUGCGCAGUGACAACUGGAACGAAAAGCUGGGCAUCGUCUCUGCAGAUGAGGUGGCCGUGGUAGCCUCUCGCACAGGUGUCCCGCUGCAGCCAGUGACGCUUCGGAACGUGUUGCAGCAAAUGGGCGCAUACGGCAGCUACGCUGGCCUUGAAGGACAGACUGAUCUGUCGAACGCAGCCCUGGAUGCGCAGUGCUCCAUUCGUUUCCAGACCACCUUCAUUCCCGUGGAGGAAUCCUCCGGUGGCAGAGGGAAACUUGAGUUUGCGACAGAGGCUUACAACUACAACACCACUAGCGACUCCGAUCCGCGGAAUCUCGUGUUACUCUGCACGAGCCAAGGCAUGGCAGUGCAGCAAGACGGGCGCGGCUCAAAGAAGCUCUUUCACCACGCGGUGGAAGGAGAUGGCAAGAUCCACCGCUAUUGGCUUGAAGCUGAGGAGAGUUUCCACAAGGUUGGCGGUGAGCAGCGGGAGUCUAACCAGGAGCGUGCCGCGGCCUUGGCUCGUCGCAGGGCCACUUCAAGUGUCAUCGGCGUCCCGGCUAUGGGACAGCGCUUCAACGUGCUGAUGACCAUCCAGGCAAACCUCGGCGCCAACCUCAAGGCAAUGGCGGAGGUUUUCUUGCGGGUUAUCCUCCGCCUCUUGCACCUUGCUGUGCGGGGCCAGUGUCGAAGCUCAGCCGUUCGAAGAAGUGCUCCUGCACCCAAAGGGCUCAGCAGCGCCGCGCGCGUCUCUGGCGGCACGGAGCACGACGUCUGGAAAGGCUUGUCCAUCAAGUCGCCCAAGCGAAAUGGAGCCGAGCACGUGACUGUAACCAUUGUGAUCUACAAUGCUGUCAGAGGGGGUGUGCCGACGCCAGAGGACGUCGCGGCCGCCAUUGACGAUCUGGAGGGCCUCUACCGCGCCUGUGCCGACACUGGCCGCCUGGCAGACACCAAGUUCGAUUUCAUGAAGGAGCAACUAAAGGUCCGCGAUAUGGUGGACAUCACAACGAAGGUUGCGUUCCAGCCUUUUGGAGUGGACGUUCUCCACUACGAUGUAUUUCCU